AUGGCUGAAGUCGAGCGCAGCCUUAGUGCUAUGUGGAAUAUCAGGGUCAACACAAUGGUCAAGAAAGUCGAGCGUCAAACGCAUGGUGUCGCCGUUCCCAUCUCCGACCGCGCUAGCAACAUCGAGAAGAAGGGUCACUCUGAUCAAGUCAUUCUAGCAAUCAAGCCCAAGGCUAUCCGCCAAUUUUCGAGCCGAGGCGUUGGCUUGUUUCCCAGUUCAAGUCCACCCAUGUCGGUUACCAAAGCUGAGAAAUCGAAAUGGCUAUUGAAUCCGACCGCGGAACUACGGUGGAUGCGUGACUCCGAAGUUCUCACCGUUCGCACGCGCGCAUGCGACAACGGCAAAGCCACAGUCAGUCUUCUUCAAGAUACACUGGAACAUCACCCCCAAGCAACGUUCACGAAGAUACAUUCUGCCGUAUCGCAGCCACGUCAGAUUCCAGCCACGUACUCAAGAGGCGUUGGGAGUUAG